AAACUACCAAAUUUAUUCUUCAGUAUCUUUGUACUGUUACAACAAAUGUUUCCACCUGGAUAGAAGAACAAAUAUUAGAAGCUAAUACUAUUUUGGAAGCUUUUGGAAAUGGAAAAACUGUUCGAAAUGAUAAUUCUAGCAGGUUUGGAAAAUUCAUUCAAGUGUGUUUUGAUUCAAGAUAUCAAAUUAAAGGAUGUAUUAUACAAGAUUAUCUACUGGAACAGUCAAGAAUUACUUUUCAGUCUGUAGGUGAAAGGAAUUAUCAUGUAUUUUAUCAAUUAGUGGCUGGAGCACAACGUAAUAAAGAAUUAAGGGAUCAGUUUAUGAUUGGUCCAGCAGAAUCAUAUAAUUAUCUAAACCAAAGUGGUUGUACUAAAAUUGAAGGUGUCAAUGAUGCUCAUAUGUUUGAUGCCUUACGUCUUGCUAUGUCAGUUCUAAACAUGCCUUCUGACAUGUGUGAUGGUAUAUUUGGUGUUUUGAGUGCCAUUUUAUGGCUAGGAAAUUUACAGUUUGAAGAUGUGGAUGAAGAAAACUGCCAGUUGACAUCAAAUGAUGAAGAAAUCAUAAUGACUGUAGCUACUCUUUUAGGGCUGGAUCCUGAAGGACUUACUCAAGUGGCAUUACAGCGUCAAAUAAAUGUCAGAGGAAAUGUUACUGAAAUACCAUUAAAGUUACAUGAAGCUAGAGAAAAUAGGCAUGCAAUGGCAAAAGCUUUAUAUUCAAGAAGUUUUGCAUGGAUUGUAAAUUAUAUCAAUACAUGUACUAAUCCUGGACAAGACAGUGAACGAUUUCUGGGGGUGCUGGACAUCUUUGGUUUUGAAAAUUUUGAUACAAACAGCUUUGAACAACUCUGCAUUAAUUAUACUAAUGAAAAACUACAUAAAUUUUUUAACCAUUAUGUAUUUGCUUUGGAACAAGAAAUUGUAAGUUUUUUAAAGAAUAACAAUUAUUAUUACAGUAGAACGUCGUUUAUCCGAAUCAAUUGGGGACUGGGUAUAAUAGCAAAGCCUCCAAAGUGUAUUUUGAGGUUAUUAACAGAAGAAUGUAGAAUGCCAAAAGGAUCCGAUAUUACUUAUGUAUCUAAAUUGCAUCAAGAAUUUGAAGAUCAUCAUAAUUAUGUAAAAGGAGAUGAUCGUAGAAGGUGGGAGAAAGAAUUUGGAGUAAAACAUUAUGCUGGAGAUGUUGUUUACACAGUUGAAGGAUUUUUAGAAAAAAAUAAAGAUGUUCAACAAGAUCAAUUGUUUGAAUUAAUGCAACAGUCUUCAAAUACUUUUGUUCAAGACUUAGUGAAAUUUCAGGUAUAA